GCGCUCCUUCUUGAAACCAUUUCCCGCGACCCGAGUCGCCGAAAAUCCUCUCACCUUCUUCCUCUUCAGCAGCCACCGCCUCUUCUCCUCCUCUCCAGCGUUUCGAGAUCGAGAGAGAGAUGUUGGGAAGAGUGAGAGGGCCGUCUUCGUCGCCGGACAGUCUGGAGAGGUCGACGGCCAAGCUCCUCAAGCACGAUUCCCUCUCCAUCUACGAAGCGACGCUUUUAAAGCUUAAACAGGGUUCUCAGCAGUUCCAAGGUUCGCCAACUAGUGAGUUCGUGCAGCCACAUGAUCACUCCGCAGGAAGCUCUGACUGUGGGGCUGCAAUGACCAUGGAUUGUGACUGUAGUUGUCCGAAUCCUUCAGAUUCACAGCUCAAAUUGCCGCAUGAAAAGAAUGCGAUAACCGUAAAUGAUGCCUGCAUCUUGUCAAGUGCUGGCGACGCUCAUGUGACGGUCAACUUGAAACAGAGAAUCAAUGGCGAUGUAUCGAUUCUUCAUCUGUUUUCCAAAUACAAAAGCUCACAGCAUUCUGCUUCAAAUAGCAAAAUGGUGACGAUGGAGACUAAUUGUUCGUCAAUUGUUCCACCAAGUCCUGGUGACUACCGAUCUCUCGGAAACAUCGAACAAGAAUGUGUCGGCUCAUGAGCAAUGACUGUUUUGUGAUUGAUCACUCAGACUGGGGGUCGUGUUAUUUGUAAUGUUUAUGCACAGACCGCAUGCUUCAUAGCACUAGUAGUUUGUGUUAACUUGUAAAACGUACAAACACAACCUUGAGGUAAUUUUUAGCCGAAGGAUUUUCAUGCUGAUAAAGAUGAUACACAUGCUAUUUUCCUUUUC